UUUGUUUGUUUAAGUGAUUAAGUUUAGGAUACACAGGUUGAUAGCACCUACCAAUUCAAUACUCCGACUACCCCUCCCCCCCCCAACAAUAAGCAAACAGUGUUGGACAAUAGGUAUGGACAGACAACAACCAGCACCGAUAGUCGAUGAUACCGACAAUAAUAGUAGUAUAGAUCCAGAAGCCAGACAGGUAUUGAUGGAAAUGGUCGAUAGGGUAGUCGAUGAGGAGUCGGAUGAAAACAAUAACCCCAACAACACUACCGCCGAUUCACAACAGGAAGCAGCAGCUAUCAGACAGUUAGUAUCAGAAAUGGUCGACCGAGUAGUUGAUUUGGACGCCAACAACAAUCCUCAACAACAACAACAACUACCGGACCUACCGGUGCCGGCCGACGAACAACAACAACAGCCAACAGAAACAGAUACUAUGGAUAUAGAGUACGAGUGGUCGGCACAGGCGUCGCCAUCCGUAUGGUCGCCCACGCAUUGGGGAUCCAAUCAAACGGCAGUACAUGCAAAAUGGGGAAUGGAUAGACAGGUGCCCGACGAUGACGAUGAUUAUGGCAGACAUAUGCUUGAGGAACGGGCACGAUAUGUUAGGCUAGGCCGUAGACGUCGGUCGGCCAGUCCAUUGAUAGUGGACGCCGCCGCCGAAGCUGCCGCAGCCGCUCCCCGUCCUCUGAGACGACUACGUGCCGGCUCGGAUCCGGUUAAUCCGGAGCUUAGAAAACGACACAAGUAUUUCAAACAACCACAACAACAGGCACCGGUAGCCGACAUACCAGAUCCAGCUGCCGCUGCAGCCGCCUAUCAGCUACAGCAGCAGCAGCUGCCGCCCGAACUCCAAGGCCAGCCACCACCCUUGCCGCCAAUACCCGACGUACCAUUAGGUCGGAUAACAUGGAUGAGUCCGCUUUAUGGUCAGCCGUGGCCACCGAGGCAACAUCAGGAUGGCCAGGGCUAUCAUCCGGUUAUGGGUGAAUUGUUUAUGCAUUAUCCGCAUUCAGAUGAUCGGCUACUAAGUCCAGCUAAUCUACAACAACUUAGACAACGAUUGGCCGACAGUGGCCUACUGUUUAGUCCGAAUGUGUUGGGCCAAGGAAUUCAAGGACAGGUAAUUUUAGGUAUAUUUGGAGAAAAAAUUAGACUGCUAACCCAAUGGGAACGACACUAUCUGGGCACUGGACCACUGUAUCAGCAGCCGUUUGCCGCCAAAAUCGUACACCUGGAUCCCAGAGCCGACAACCUAUAUACAUGGGAUCGUACACAUGUUUAUCUGGAAAAAGAAAUAAUGAAACUGAUGGCCAGCCGUCAGCCGCGGCCACACCCGAACAUUGUCCACUACAGGUUGGCCGUCAAUAUGGGACCCAGGGUACGUAUAGUCAGCCAAUUUGGCGAACAUUUCUACAGUUAUCAGUAUACUAUGUUGAUUAUGGACUAUGCUAACCGGGGUAAUCUAAUGCAUUUCUACCUGACCCCCCAGUAUACAGCACCUGUAUGUGUAAAAUUUAUACAAGAUAUACUCCAGGCUAUCGACUAUUUGCAUCGAUCAGUUGGUGUAGCGCACAGGGAUAUCAAAAUCGAUAACGUAGUCCUAUCCGAUAGGGAGGUUAGCCAACACCCGCGUAUACAAUUGGUGGCCAAACUAUGCGAUUUUGGUAUGGCCGAAAUUAAAUGGUUGCCACCCUAUCGUUAUAUAUUGGAUGAUGUAUUCAGGGGGUAUUUGACUGGUGAUCGCCAACGUACUGGUAAACUAUUGGAACAAAUGGUUCAUAGAGCUGAUCCCAAUAGGACUAGCCAUUUACAAGGUAUAGUAUUUUUUCGUAAUUAUGCCCAACAGUUAGCCGAUAAUCAGGUACCGGUAGAUAUGGACCAGUUAUAUGAACAGCAACAACAUAUAAUCAAUGGGUUUUUAUGAAACAGUUUGUUUUUUUUGUUUGGGUAAGUAUAGGUACAGUACUAGUGUGUUGGUAUAGUUGUAGGCAAUAGCACAGGUAAGGUAUAUACAGGUGUGUAUUAAAUAGUAUUAUAA